AUGGCAGUGACUUCAGAGGCAGCGAUCGAGCCCGGCGAACAAUUCGGCUCUUUGAUGCUGGAUGCCAACGAGCUACUCCACCAUCCCUGCUUCCACAGAGUGCAGAGAUUGAUAAAUCUGGCCUUCAGGCGUGACGAUGGCGUCGCGGUCAACUCAGAUGGUAAAAAGGGUCGUUUCAAUUCGCCUGAAGAUAUUAUCCCCUGGAUCGGUAAACACGGUCGAAUAGUUAUCCUGUUCAAAUGCAAGACGAAAGAGGGCCGACAGCACUCCUAUAGCCACUCCAACGGUGGAAACGGUCAUGUAAACGGCAAUGGAUCAAAUGACUGCACCCCCAGUAGUGAGGAGCGUGAGAUAGAUACCAACGAGCCCGUCGCAACGGCCGUUAUCAAAUUCUUCAAACCCGACCUUGGAAUCCAGCCCAUCGAGGGAGAGCUGGACGGUGAUAUCGAAAAAGGAAUUGGCUAUGACCCGGAACCCGAAGAUAUUCUUGCCAUCAAACACUGGGAGCCUGCCUGUGUUGCCGUUAUGCCGUUUGAUGAAUCGCUGAAAGGUAAAGGCCUAGCGACUCGCUGUGUCCAGAUGCUGGAGGAUGAUCUUCUAAAGCGACUCGAUGCAGCAGCACAGCAACGGCAGCGUGAAACAGGACAAGCGAGCGAUACUUCGCCCUUGACUUUGUGGAUUCGAACCAGGACCGAUUUAACGGAAGCGUAUUGGAAGAGAAGAGGGUAUGAGGUUCUGAGCCGCAAGUGGUUUGCGAAGGGAUGCUGGCAAUAUGAUCAUGACUUUCAGGUAUCGGUCCUCACCAAGCAGGUCUCCUUGCUGAAGGGGAAUUGUAUCAAGAACUAG